AUGACUGCGACACAGAGUGUGCCACAACUUACCUGGGUCAUAUGUAAGUAUGGAAGAUGCCGAGCACUGCUUCGGCUCGGAUGCCCCGUGCUCUGCGGCACGAGUGUACCGACUGAGGCUCUCCGAGGUUCCACAUCCUCUGCUGCAGUCACGGAUGAGGUCACUGAGGCCGCUACAAGCGAAGAAGGUACGACAGCAGCUCCCGAAGCAACGAGUACGACUGGUUCUGAAGCUACUGUCGAUGCCACAGUGGCGGCCAGUACAGCUGUUAUGACCGAUGAGGUGGCUGUCACUACUGCACCUCCUGUGACUGGCGAAGUGACCAUCAGCACGGCAGCUGGGGAAGCUCCCGGUAGAGACAAGGAUGACUCUGAUGCUACCACCAAGGUCACUACGGAGGCUGCAACUGUCACGACUACGAUCGGUGCUCCUGUUGAGCCUACUACUAUCACGUCCCCUUUCCCGGUCAGCACAGCUGCUGUGACCGAUGAGGUUGCUGUCACUACUGCAGCUCCUGUGACUGGCGAAGUGACCAUCAGCACGGCAGCUGGGGAAGCUCCCGGUAGAGACAAGGAUGACUCUGAUGCUACCACCAAGGUCACUACGGAGGCUGCAACUGUCACGACUACGAUCGGUGCUCCUGUUGAGCCUACUACUACUAUCACGUCCCCUUUCCCGGUCAGCACAGCUGCUGUGACCGAUGAGGUUGCUGUCACUACUGCAGCUCCUGUGACUGGCGAAGUGAUCAUCAGCACGGCAGCUGGGGAAGCUCCCGGUAGAGACAAGGAUGAUUCUGAUGCUACCACCCCGGUCGCUACUGAGACUGCGGCUGGCACUACUACGAUCGAUGCUCCUGUCGAGCCUACAACUGCUAUCACGACCCCUCAACCGGUCAGCACAGCUGCUGUGACCGAUGAGAUUGUUGCUACUACUGCAGCCCCUGUGACUGGCGAGGUCACCAUCACGACGGCAGCUGGGGAAGCUCCGGGAAGAGACAAGGAUGAUUCUGAUGCUACCACCCUGGUCGCUACCGAGACUGCGGCUGGCACUACUACGAUCGAUGCUCCUGUUGAGCCUACUACUAUCAUGACGUCCCCUCAACCGGUCAGUACGCCCGCUGAGACCGAUGAG